UUGCAUUCUUAGGAAAGAUGGAAGCUCAAGCAGUUGAUAAGAGCACUGAGAUUAAAAGCAGCAAAAAGAUUGAGAUUUAUGAGAAUAAACCCAACAUUGCUCAUUCACAAAAGGCGGCUGCAGUUGGUGUAGAAACCAAAUCCAAAGUUAAAGCAGCAGCUACAGACACUACCACCGUAGCCACUAUAAAAGACGAGGAAGAGAAGGUUGGCGUGGAUAAGGAUGGGAGUGUGGGUGCAAGUUCAACACGGGAAAUAGCAGUGACAGCAAAGAGACCUACUUCUCCUCCUCGUGUUGACUCUCCUUCCCCUGAACAAAACAACUGAUUCAUCAUGAACUUGAUUGAAGAUCUUUCUACAAUAUUAUAUUAUAUAUUAUGCCGCGAAUAUUUCUUUUAAGUGUGUUUGGCCAUUAACUAUAUUUUGUGAGAGUUAAGAACUGCUAUAUAAUAAGAGUUUCUCUACCUUUCAAUUAUAUAUUAUACCACUGGUGCUUCUUAUAAAAGUGGUUAUUAAUGCUCAUAUAAUGUAAGAGUUGAUUAUUAUUAUUAUAUAAGAAAUAGCUUCCCUUAUUUGAUGUGUU